GGUUAGAUAAGUACGGGGACCAAAUCAACGGCUGAUAAUAUAUUUGAUCAUCUACGGGUGUCAGCACAUGAGAGAGUUACGUGCUGUUGCGUUGGUUUUUGUUGAAAGGUCGUCCUCUUCAUCACCUUCUUCUUCUUCAAAGAAAAGAAAAGAAAAGAAAAGAAAGAGUCUGUUCCGUUGCAAACGAAAGAAGGUGACAAAAUGGAAAAUGGGAGAAACGGCGUCGUUGCUGCGGACACAUGCAAUCAAUAGUAAUUAGCAACGUAAAUAUUACUGAAAUUCGGUGCAAGGUACGUAACCAUUAAUAACAAUGUCCAUAGGCAUGCCAAUGACAAUGAGAAGAAAGAAGCACCACGCGCACACCGAGAAAUCCAGAAUAAUCGGACUCCUCAUUGCGAGUUUCCUUCGGAGUCGGCUCCUCCACCGCACUCUCAUCUCCGCUACCGCUACUUGCCUUCUUCUGCUCUUCCCCGUGCUCUCUCUGUUCGCUCCGCCUCCGUCCAACGGUCAAAUCAGAUCACUAUUGGAAUCACAUCAGGGUUCGGCGUUUCGUGUUCCGGCGAGUGGAGGUAGUUGCAGGCGUGAUGCAUGGAGUUCAAUGCACUCGUACCUUUUCUCAGGCUGCAGUAACGCCGGUGUCAAUUUCACAGAGGCUAAUGACAAAACGCAUCCAGAUCGAUUCUUAUUAAUUGCCACCAGUGGAGGUUUAAAUCAACAGAGAACAGGGAUAAUUGAUGCCGUGGUGGCUGCAUAUCUCUUGAAUGCUACUCUUGUUGUUCCAGAGUUGGAUCAUACAUCUUUCUGGAAAGACACCAGCAACUUUUCUGAACUAUUUGAUGCAGACUGGUUUAUAACGUUUCUCCGGAAUGACGUGAGAAUUAUAAAACACCUUCCGAAUAUGGGCGAAAAUUUUGUGGCUCCAUAUACGCUGCGGGUUCCAAGGAAAUGCACCCCUAAGUGCUAUGAGAAUCGUGUUUUACCCGUGCUAGUCAAGAAGCGUAUUGUUCGGCUGACUAAGUUUGACUACAGACUUGCUAAUAUGUUGGAUGAAGAGCUACAAAGGCUGAGGUGCAGGGUUAACUACCAUGCUCUCAAAUUUACGGAUUGCAUUCAGGAAAUGGGUAAAUUGUUAGUUGAGCGGAUGAAAAUGAAAAGUAAGCAUUUCAUUGCGCUACAUUUGAGGUUUGAACCGGAUAUGCUUGCAUUCUCUGGUUGCUAUUAUGGAGGGGGAGAUAAAGAAAAAAAAGAACUUGGCGAAAUUAGGAAACGGUGGAAAAAUUUACAUCCAAGUAACCCUGACAAAGUUCGAAGACAUGGAAGAUGCCCACUUACCCCAGAGGAAGUUGGUCUUAUGCUAAGAGGACUAGGUUUUGGAAGAGACGUUCACUUGUACGUGGCAUCUGGCGAAAUAUAUGGAGGUGAGGAAACGUUAGCUCCCCUCAAGGCUCUUUUUCCAAACUUCCAUUCAAAGGAGACCAUAGCUACCAAGGAGGAGUUGGCGCCAUUUGCGUCAUUUUCUUCUCGCAUGGCUGCACUAGAUUUCAUAGUUUGUGACGACAGUGACGUUUUUGUUACAAACAAUAACGGUAACAUGGCCAAAAUUUUAGCUGGGAGAAGGAGGUACUUAGGUCAUAAACCCACCAUCCGCCCAAAUGCAAAGAAGUUGAACGUGUUAUUCAAGAACAAAAAUAAUAUAACGUGGGAGGAAUUUGCCUCUCGAGUUCGAACUUACCAGGUAGGCUUUAUGGGAGAGCCAAAUGAGUUGAGGCCCGGCAGUGGUGAGUUUCACGAGAAUCCAUCGUCUUGCAUAUGUCGAAACUCAUCAGAGUCGGAGGUAAAAAUUGGGGGAAUUUCCCAUUCUCAAAAUCAAACACGUGAUAACCAUGAAGGCGAUAAGAUAGAAAACAGGACUGAAGAGCAGUUUACCGAGGAAGAGCAGUGGUCUGAGGUAGAUUAUUUGGACAGUAAAAACCAGAAUAUGCUCAAAGGAACUAAAACUUUUGAUUCACUCCCUCUUCUAAUGAGCACGGACCAAGCUGAAUUGCAAGAAUUCUUCUCCGAUUAGAUGAAGAUUGAACUUCAUCUCUAACUCUGACUGAUAUCUAGCAACUUUCCCUGAUUUCCCAAUUAUUGUGGUCUGCUUCCAUUGAUAACUUCAUACAUUUUUUCAUAGACUGCAUUGAAAAAAAUUAAGCCUUUGUACAUAUUCAGGUUUCAUAUGGGAUCCGCUUCAAAAAUGUAGACAGUCGCAAUUGUAUAUGCCAUUUUAGAGUUUGAAGCUUCUAGAACUCACACUUGUGGAAAGACUAGAUAAGGCAUUAUUUUACUUUGAUUAUAGUCACUGGAUAGUGUUAAGCACCGGAGAAGCGACCGUUCCAAAAAAUUGAAAAUUACAGUU